AUGGUAGUGCCAAGUGCUUCACCCCAGAAUGUGUCCCUGGAAGUUGUUAAUUCAAGGAGUAUCAAAGUAAGCUGGUUGCCUCCUCCAUCGGGUACACAAAAUGGAUUUAUUACUGGUUAUAAAAUUCGACACAGGAAGACAACGCGAAGGGGUGAGAUAGAAACGCUGGAACCAAACAACCUUUGGUACCUCUUCACAGGUCUAGAAAAAGGAAGUCAGUACAGCUUUCAGGUGUCGGCCAUGACGGUAAAUGGCACCGGGCCACCUUCCAACUGGUACACAGCAGAAACACCAGAGAACGAUCUAGAUGAGUCUCAAGUUCCUGAUCAACCAAGCUCGCUACAUGUAAGGCCCCAGACCAACUGUAUCAUCAUGAGUUGGACCCCUCCACUGAACCCCAACAUUGUGGUGAGAGGUUACAUUAUUGGUUAUGGUGUUGGAAGCCCUUAUGCAGAGACGGUACGUGUGGACAGUAAGCAGAGAUAUUACUCCAUUGAGCGACUAGAGUCAAGCUCCCAUUAUGUAAUCUCCCUAAAAGCUUUUAACAAUGCAGGAGAAGGAGUUCCUCUUUAUGAGAGUGCCACCACCAGAUCAAUCACAGAUCCCACUGACCCGGUUGAUUAUUAUCCUUUGCUUGAUGAUUUCCCCACCUCUGUCCCAGACGUCUCCACCCCCAUGCUCCCACCAGUAGGUGUACAGGCUGUGGCUCUUACCCAUGAUGCCGUGAGAGUCAGCUGGGCAGACAACUCUGUCCCUAAGAACCAAAAAACAUCUGAUGUGCGACUGUACACUGUCCGGUGGAGGACCAGCUUUUCCGCGAAUGCAAAAUACAAGUCAGAAGACACAACAUCUUUGAGUUACACAGCCACAGGCCUCAAGCCCAACACAAUGUAUGAGUUCUCAGUCAUGGUCACGAAGAACAGAAGAUCAAGUACUUGGAGCAUGACUGCACAUGCCACCACCUAUGAAGCAGCCCCAACCUCUGCUCCCAAGGAUUUGACAGUCAUUACUAGAGAAGGAAAGCCUCGUGCUGUCAUUGUGAGUUGGCAGCCUCCCUUGGAAGCCAAUGGGAAAAUCACUGCUUACAUCUUGUUUUAUACCUUGGACAAGAACAUACCAAUUGAUGACUGGAUUAUGGAAACCAUCAGUGGUGAUCGACUAACUCAUCAAAUUAUGGAUCUCAAUCUUGACACUAUGUAUUAUUUUCGCAUUCAAGCACGCAAUUCCAAAGGAGUGGGGCCUCUUUCUGAUCCCAUUCUCUUCAGGACUCUGAAAGUGGAACAUCCUGACAAAAUGGCUAAUGAUCAAGGUCGUCAUGGGGAUGGAGGUUAUUGGCCCGUUGACACUAAUUUGAUUGAUCGAAGCACUCUCAAUGAGCCACCCAUUGGCCAGAUGCACCCACCACAUGGUGUUACCCCUCAGAAGAACAGCAACCUGCUUGUCAUCAUUGUGGUCACUAUUGGCAUCAUCACUGUGCUGGCCGUGGCAGCAGUGGCUCCAGACAGUGCAGGUUCAUUCUCUUGCCUGUCCUGGGAGCUCAAGUUUCCCUUGAAUGGCCGCUUUUCACCUGCUCCAGUCGGCAACCUCCUGCUCCUACUCUGGCCUGUUCCAGGAGCUCAGGGUUCCCUUGAAUGGCCGCUAUUCACCCGCUCCAGUCGGCGACCUCCUGCACCAACUCUAGCCUGUUCCGGGAGCUCAGGAUUCCCUUGA